AUGAGAGACUGCUUUUGUACUGUGAAUCUGGACCAGGAGGAGAUCUUUAGGACCAAUGUUGUUGAAAAGUCACUUAACCCAUUUUAUGGUGAAGACUUCUAUUUUGAAAUUCCAAGAGCAUUCCAAAAUUUAUCCUUUUAUAUCUAUGAUAAAAAUGUUUUACAGCGAGAUCUCAGAAUAGGUAAGGUUGCCAUUAAAAAAGAUGACUUGUUUAGAUACAGCGGUAAAGAGCCCUGGUUUCCACUUCAGCCAAUUGAUUCCAACUCAGAAGUCCAGGGAAAAGUCCACCUGGAGCUGAAACUAAAUGAACUGAUUACAGACAAUGGAUCUGUGCAGCAGCUUAUGGUACAUGUAUUGGCAUGUGAGGGAUUACCACUUGUGAAUGGACAGAGCUGUGAUGCGUAUGCUGCUGUGUCUCUUGUUGGCCCAUCUAGGAACGAUCAAAAGAAAACCAAAGUGAAGAAGAAAACCAGCAAUCCUCAGUUCAAUGAGAAGUUCUACUUUGAGGUGACAAGAUCGAGCAGCUACACUAAGAAGUCCCAAUUUCAAGUAGAGGAAGAAGAUAUAGAAAAACUGGAAGUGAGAGUGGAUCUGUGGAACAAUGGAAAUCUUGCCCAAGAUGUUUUUCUUGGAGAGGUCAGAACGUCAGUGAGUGUUUUAAGGAAUGAUUCGACCCACAGGCAUGGGUAUCUUCUCCAGCCAAAAGACAAUGGAAGUAAAUCCUCAAAGUAUGAUGACCUUGGGUCCCUGAGGCUGAGUAUCUCCUAUACAGAAGACUAUGUGCUGUCUUCAGACUUCUAUUCACCUCUAAGAAGUCUGCUGGUGAAAUCACCAGAUGUUCAGCCAAUCACUGCCUCAGCUGCCUUUAUCCUGGGAGAAGUAUGUAGAGAUAAAAAUGAUGCUGUCCUCCCGCUGGUCCGACUCCUUCUCCACUAUCAAAAACUAGUACCAUUUGUGGCAACAAUAGCACAGCUGGACCUGAACGAUACACAAGAAGCUAAUACUAUUUUCCGAGGAAACUCCCUGGCUACCCGCUGCAUGGAUGAGACAAUGAAGAUAGUUGGUAAUCAUUAUCUGAAGGUGACUCUGAAGAGUGUUAUAGAUGAGAUAUGUGAUUCCCCGAAACCCUGUGAGAUAGACCCUAAUCGUCUAAGAGAAGGGGACAACGUGGAUAAUCACAAGGACAAUCUGAGAAGCUACGUGGACAAAGUUUUCUCCUGUAUAGUCAAAUCCAGCAUGAGUUGCCCCACUGUAAUGUGCGAUCUAUUCUCUGCACUGCGCCACAUGGCUGUCCGGCACUUCCCUAAUGACCCUCAUGUACAGUAUUCAGCAGUGAGCAGUUUUGUCUUUCUGCGAUUCUUUGCUGUGGCUGUCGUGUCCCCUCAUAUAUUCCAUUUGAGAUCCCACCACCCAGAUGCAGCAACAUCACGUAUUUUGACUCUCAUUUCCAAAACAAUCCAGACCCUUGGGAGUGUAGGCAAUUUAUCAAAGAGCAAAACUUCUAGCUUCAAAGAGCCAUUUAUGUGUGAUUUCUACAAAAUGUUUGAAGAAGAAACCUACACAGCUGAUGUUAAAAAGUUUUUAGAGGAAAUAUCUUCAACUGAAAGUAAAGAGCCGAGUGGAAUGAGUGAGUCUGUCAUUCUAAAAGAUGGAGAGAUGCAUAAACGUGCCCAAGGUCGAACCCGUAUUGGAAAGAAGAAUUUUAAGAAACGCUGGUUUUCACUUACAAGUCGAGAAUUUUCAUACCACAAACAGAAAGCAGAUAAAGAGCCAAUGUUUCGUAUUCCUAUUAAAAAUAUAUUGGCUGUGGAGAAGCUGGAUGAAAAUGCCUUUAAUAGGAACAAUAUGUUUCAGGUGAUCUAUGGAGAGAAACCUCUUUACAUCCAAGCAAACAACUGUGUAGAGCUGAAUGAAUGGAUAGAGGUACUCAGUAGAAUAAGCCGACGCAAUCAGCGGAGACUCAGCAAGUAUCACUCCUCUGCUUUCAUUAAUGGAUCCUGGCUCUGCUGCAAAGCAUCAGCUGAAAGUGCUGAAGGCUGCCACAUGUGCACUGUAAAUGUUCCAGCUGACGUAGCAUUGGAUAUAGAUGGAGAUCGUGAAUGUGAGAGGAUAUAUUCUCUAUUCAGCAGGAGCAUGCCUAAACUACAAAAGAUGGAGGAGGCUUGCGGUAGCAUUGCCGUGUACCAGGGUCCACAGGAGCACAAUGAAUACCACUUUACCAUAGAUGAUUCUGUGGAAACAUUCAAGACCAUCCAACAGAUUAAAGCAAUGGUAGAGAAGCUAAAUGAACCGCACGAGAAAUACAAAAAAUAUUGUACCAGUGCAAAAUACGGCAGCCAGUAA